AUGGCGCCCAACUAUAAGAAUAAGAACAAAAAUAGAAAUGACGAUCAACCAAAGACGCCUGUUACUACAGAUCCCCGUUUCGCCAACGUGCAUAAUGAUCCUCGGUUUUUGAGACCUAAGAAGAAGGAUCUUAAGGUCACUAUUGACAAACGUUUCGCCAGUAUGAUGAACUCUUCCGAUUUCAGUGAUGCCCCUCGAGUCGAUAAAUAUGGUCGACCUUUGAAAAAGCAGUCAGCUAAAAAGGAGUUAGAACGCUUUUAUCAAUUGGAAGAUGAUGACGAGAACGAGGAAGAGUCAGGCAAGACUGUCGAGGAAUUGGAAAAGGAUCUAGCUGCUGAUGCUGAGAAUCUACGAGAUGAAACUUCUGAAAGUGAAGAUGAAGAUCAAGUUGAAUUUGACACAGAAGAUAAAGGUUAUGAUCCUAUGCGUGGUCGUGGUGUUAUUUCUGAUUCUGAUUCUGAUGAAAGCAGCGAAUCGGAUGCUGAAGUAGAAGAGGAAGAGGAAGAAGACGAUCUGGAUGAAAUAGACAAAAUCAAGACCAUUCAUGAAGGUGAAGAAACCAGCCGAUUGGCGCUUGUCAAUAUGGAUUGGGAUAAAAUCAAGGCUGUUGAUAUUUUGAAGGUGAUCAACGGCUUCAAGCCUGAUACAGGUGUCGUCAAAAGUGUUACUAUAUACCCUUCAGAAUUUGGUAAGGAACGUAUGGCUAUUGAAGACGCACAAGGCCCUCCAUCAGAAAUUUUCCAGACCAAAGGAGUGAAAAGUAGCAAAGACGCUAACAUUAGCAGUAGCAGCAGUGAUGAGGAUGAGGAAGAAAUUACCGCUGAGACCGUCAUCAAAAAUCAGUUGGAAGAAGGCGAUGGUCAAGAUUUCGAUCAAGAAGCCUUGCGAAAAUAUCAAUUGGACAGGCUCAAGUAUUAUUAUGCAGUUAUCACAUGUGACAGCCCACAAACAGCUAAAACGAUUUACAAAUCGUGUGAUGGUACUGAAUAUGAGAACAGUGCCAACUUUUUCGACUUGCGAUAUAUACCCGAAGAUAUGACUUUUGAUGACGAGCCCAAAGAUGCAGCAACAGUUGCACCCGAAGGUUACCAACCUGCCAAGUUUAAAACUGAUGCUCUCCAACAAACAAAAGUAAAUCUCACUUGGGAUGAAGAUGAUGUUAACCGUUAUCAAAUGACUCGUCGUGAAUUCACCGAGGAAGAUCUCAAAGAGUUGGAUUUCGAUGCUUAUCUUGCGUCUACUGACGAAGAGGAGGACGAAAAUGAAGAUUUGGACGCUUUGCGUGAAAAGUACAGAAAAUUGUUAAAUUCAGAAAAGAAUCAAUCAGCAUUUGAAGACGGUCACGAGGAUAAGGAUGGAGAUGAGGGUGAUAUGGAAAUCACCUUCACACCUGGUUUAAGUGAAGCAGCAGCAGCAGCAGUGGCUCAACGAAAAGAGGAGGACGAAAAGAAUGAAGAUGAAACAACCAUUGAGAAAUAUAUCCGUAAACAGAAAGAGAAAAAGAAGGCAAAGAAAGAAAAAGCUCAGCAAAUGGCCGCACCAAAUGGUGAUAGCGAGGAAGAGUCUGACUUGGACGAUGAGACAAAGAACGACCCUUAUUUCAAAGAGGCUCUACAAGAGAUGGAAAAGGAAGGAUUUGUAUCAGCGGAUGAUAAGGCCGAAAAGAAGAAGAAAAAGAGAACAAGAAAGAGAGCCUCCAAAGAAGAGCGCGAACAGAAAGCCAAGGAAAGAGCUGAAUUGGAAUUGCUUAUGGGUGAUCAAGCAAAGAGUGAUGGUUUUGAUAUGAAAGAAGUGCUGAAGAAAGAAAAGUUAGAGAAAAAGAAGAAUGGUAAAAAGGGAAAGAAGACUGAGGAACCUGAUACAGUUGACAAUUUCGAAAUUGACGUCAGCGAUCCACGUUUCGCUGCUAUUCAAGAAUCUCAUCACUUUGCUAUUGAUCCAACCAAUCCUCACUUUAAGAAGACAAAGAACAUGCAAAAAUUAAUAGAAGCACGACAAUCAAAAAUGAAAGAAGACUCUCAAAUGACUGAUGUUUGGAAGAAAGAAAAAGACGCUACAAAUGCAGCUGAACCAGCUCCUGGUAACAGCGCAGAAACUGUGCCAAAGUCCUCCUCCCUCAAGCAAUUGGUUGCCUCCGUGAAACGUAAAGGCGCUUUAGAUCAGCAAUCGAAGAAUGCAGGCAAACGCCAAAAGAAAUAA